GGACCCACGAUGAUCGCAUCAAAUGUAGCACGAGAAGAUGUUGUUCGAGGAAACGGGCUCCAUUUUUUUCACUUAUUUGCUUUUCAAAAUUUUCUGCACCAGGACCUCUUGAUGCUUGCCGCCCCAGACACAUAGCACCCAUUCGAAAGCACUUUUUGGUAAGAUCGGACUUGUCACCCUUUACUCCCUGCAGUAAACAAGAACACAAUGCAAAUUUUGUUUACUCUUUAGUGCACAUGUAUAGCCACACACGAAUAUUAUAGAAGGUAGUCCUAUUCUGUGAAUGACAUCAAGAUAGGCCAAUCUCAAAGCAUUCACGGUCAGCUGCUACCGGUGACAGGGACAAGAUAGAAGCUUUCUCCUCCUUUCGAACCACGUGAAGUAGCUGGCUCACUCUUUAACAGACUUAGAACGGACUCGACACAUUCCGACGCUAGGCCGGGCGAUUUUGGGCGACCGGAAAUAAAGACCGCAGGAUGCGGUUGGUAAGUCUCAAAAUAUGGAAGUACCAGGAGGGCCAGUCCCUGCAGCUCUGCGAUUUUGAAAAUCUGCAGUUCAUUCAGUUCUUCCAGCGAAGCACGGCACGGGAGCAACUUCAGUUCCAUUCCAGAACAAUUGUGGACCACACCGAGCCAGGAAAAAGACAGACAGUAAAGCUGGAAGGCAACGUCGGUACUUUUACACUUUGCCCUUAUUCUGAUGUCUUCUAUAUCUUUAAAGCUGCCGGCUUUCGGCCGAAGCGAAAACGCAGUCUAGUGGAACAUGUGCGACCCCGGCCGGCUGCCGCUAUUGCUUAUGCUCGUUUUUGCUUCGCCUGAUCCGCUCUUCGAUCGGGCAUGACCAUCUUCAAAUCUGUGUUGCGAAUGAUGUACUUAGUAGUACUUUUUGCCCAAUCAGAAAUGACGAACAAAACUCCAUAGGCUAUUGCCACACGUGGAUUCACCCGAGUGGGGUCGCCUGCACUGCGGUAACGGACAAUGAAUACCCCCUGCGCGUCGCGUACACACUGAUCUCCGACGCCAUUACCGCCUUUCUGAAGCAGUACCCGAACAAUGAGGCUUCGCGCCAGACGGCAGACACCAGCAUGCCCUUCCAGGAGGGGCAAGCACUCUUCGACAAAUUUCAAAAUCCAGACGAGGCGGAUAAAAUAACCAAGAUCGAAAAGGAGCUGGACGAGGUAUCUUAAUAGCAGGGAUAAGUAUUCAUCAGUUUGAUCUUCGCUGUUCUACUUUUUCCGGCAAGAGGACAUGACCUGAAGCCGCACGACAUGGGUUUAUAUGUUUUUGUUGCUUUGAAGAUUAUGAUUAGUGUCCGGCUGCGGUCGCGACGUAUUUAAGGAUCAAUUUGAUCGUGCAUCUCACUCGUACAGGUAAAGGCGACCGUCAUAAAAAGCAUGGAUGACAUUCUGAAGCGGGGUGAGAAUCUUGAUAGCCUGAUGCAGAAGAGCGGCGACCUUUCAGCGACAUCUUACCAGUUCUACAAGACGGCACAAAAAAACAACCAAUGCUGUAGCAGCUUUUCAUGAACACGAGGAUCAAUCUUCCGAUCCGCGAAAGGCCCCCACCCUCCGUCCGCCUCGCGGAGUUUUGUGACCCCCCCUCACCAGUAUGACAUGCUAGUUGCGACUAUCUGGAGCGAAUCUGUCGACCUGCUAAAAACGACCCGACUUUUCCUUUUGGCAUCGCCGCGGAAAGAAUGAAUGCAAAGCGACGGCAGUUCGCGUUCUGGCUUCACAAUGCCCUCCAAACGGUCCCUUUCAGAAGCUCACAGCUGUGAGGACCUUUAGGUGUUGCGUCGUAGAGCCAGCGCGCUCGGCUGCACACGUGAAGAUCCAGCGAAUUUGUUAUCUGAGACAAAUGUGCCUUUCGCUAUAU